AUGAAACUAAACUAGAAUUCUCACAAGUAAAACAACAAUAUGAAGAAUAAAUUAAAAGAUAUUAAGAAGCAAUUAUUAACUAUCAAAAUGAAAUUUAAUCCCUCAAAAAUAAUAUUGAUAAAUUAAAUAAAGAAAAAUAUGCUAUCACUUCUAGAACUUCUGUAACAGAACUGGCACUUAGUACUGAAUAAAAAAAGCAUGAUUAGGCAAUUAAGCAGCUGCUCUCUGAACACUCAUUUAUUAUAUCCAACAAAGAAUAAAUCCUAAGAGAUAGGGAAAUAACAAUAAAUAAACUCUAACUAAUGGUUUCUAAUUUGA